CUGACAAAAACCACCUCCACCACCACCACCAUGAACCACUUUCUCCGGCGGAGCAGCUCACUAACCACCAGGUGGUUCUUCCACAAGAAAGCGGCCCCUCCACAAAAUUCCCGCCAUCUCUGCAAUUCAUCAUCAUCACAUGAAAAUCUCGAAGCUCCAUCAAUGGUGGAGGGUCUGGUCAGAUGCUCUGCAAAUUACGCCGCCUUAACCCCCAUAACCUUUCUUCACAGAGCUGCCAAAAUUUACAGAGACAGAACUUCAGUAAUCUACGGCACUCUCAGAUUCACCUGGUCACAAACUCUCUCUCGAUGCCUCAAGCUCGCUUCCGCGUUGACUCAGUUAGGGAUUUCUCAUGGCCACGUGGUGGCAACACUAGCCCCAAAUAUACCGGCUAUGCAGGAACUCCAUUUCGCAGUUCCGAUGGCCGGAGGAAUUAUCUGCACGUUGAACACGCGCCACGAUCCGUCUAUGCUCUCGAUCCUCAUCCAACACUCCGAAGCCAAAAUCAUCUUCGUCGAUCACCAAUUCAUCGACAUAGCUCGACAAGCAUUCGCUCUCCUCGUACAAAACAAACUUCAACCGCCAAUUCUUGUCCUAAUUCCCGAACACAGCACCACUCAAUCGACACCCGAUUCGCAGGAGUACGAAUACGAAACCCUCCUCGCUGGUGGAAAAGACGAAUACGCCCCUAUGCCACCGAAAACCGAAUACGACCCUAUCAGCAUCAACUACACUUCGGGAACGACCUCCCGCCCUAAAGGCGUGGUCUACAGCCAUAGAGGAGCAUACCUCAACGCCCUCGCCACGUCAUCGAUCCACGGAAUGGCCUCAAACCCCGUCUACCUAUGGACGGUCCCCAUGUUCCACUGCAACGGGUGGUGCUUAAUUUGGGGCCUGGCGGCCCUAGGCGGCACAAAUGUCUGCCUCCGGCAAGUCUUGCCGGAGCAAAUCUUCGCUGCCAUCGCCCUCCACCAUGUCACCCACAUGGGCGGGGCCCCCACAGUCUUGAACAUGAUCGUAAAUUCCACCCACCGGAAACCUCUCCCACAUAAAGUUGAAAUAAUGACAGGUGGCGCACCACCACCACCUUCCAUCCUUUCCAAGAUCGAGGAGCUCGGAUUCAAUGUGUCUCAUCUCUACGGGCUCACAGAGACAUACGGGCCCGCCACAUCGUGCGUGUGGAAACCAGAAUGGGAUUCUUUGCCCCUCGAAGAACGGUUUAAGCUUAAAGCCAGACAAGGAGUCGAGCAUUACGGUUUGGAGGAAGUGGAUGUACGAGACUCUAAAACGAUGAAGAGUGUGCCGAACGAUGGUGUGACUAUGGGUGAAAUUAUGUUUAGGGGGAACACGGUAAUGAGUGGGUACUUGAAAGAUGCAAAGGCAACGGAAGAAGCAUUUUCCGGUGGGUGGUUCAGAAGCGGCGAUCUUGCGGUGAAACACGAAGAUGGGUACCUAGAGUUGAAAGACCGAUUGAAAGACAUUGUGAUAUCCGGUGGAGAAAAUGUAAGUACGGUGGAAGUGGAGACGGUGUUGUACCGUCAUCCGGCGGUUCUAGAAGCUUCCGUUGUGGCCAGACCAGAUGAUCACUGGGGGCAGACGGUGUGUGCCUUUGUCAAGAUUAAGGAAGGAUUAGAGGUUAGUUCUAAAGAGAUAAUCGACUUUUGUCGGGAUAGAUUGCCUCAUUACAUGGCACCUAGGACUGUUGUUUUUGAGGAUAUACCGAAAACCUCGACUGGUAAGAUUCAGAAGUUUAUCCUCAGGGAGAAGGCAAAGGCCAUGGGCAGUCUUUCUUGAGCUUCUCUACAAAAGUUGGUCCAUAUUAUUAUUGAGUACUAAUAAUAGAGAAUCUCUCUGUAAAUUGCUAUCAUUACCUGUAAAUUUUCUUCAAGUAAAAUUCGAUACGAGAGUUGUGUUUUUCAGUCGAAUACAAAAUAAACAAGAGAAGAAAUCUCGAGUUACUUCGUUGCGAUACACAACGAAUACUAAUAAUAGAGAAUCUCUUCAUAAGAUCUUUCCAAACUGUAAAUUUGCUUCAAGUCAUCUAAAUUCUAUAGCUAGAAAUUGCAGCAACAAAGUUAAAUUUCCAGCAGUUAACAAAUCAAGAAUCCGAAUUUUGACACUUACAAGUGGAUAACACAAGCCC